AUGGAACCCAUAUCUUCUGCAUUGCCCUGUGCAAACCCAGAAGCUGAGGUAGAAGAAGAAAACUUGCGUUUUGCCAAGUCCCUUCAGGAACUUCGAGGACUUCAGUCUCAGCUUCGUGAUGCUGCAUAUUACUGUGAAACGACAUUCUUAGAGAGCAAAGUGAAAAGAGAAGUGCUGGAGAACACAAAAGAAUACCUAUGCGGGGCCAUGGUAACUGUCGUUGAUCAUCUUGGGAAUGUCUCAGCCAAUCUUGAUUCCCUUAUUUCUCAAACAAGUGCAUUUUCUGAGGCUGAAUUACGCAUCAGCUGCCUCAAACAAAGACUGCUUUCAUGUGAAGAAUAUGCUAAUAGCCUUGCCCUCUCCAAAAUGCAGUGGAGUGACAAUUUGCCAAGAUUCCAUUCACGUUACUUAUCACCUUCAUCAACCUGUGAGGGGUCACGCGGUGAAAAAUUGAGGGAUUCUGGAAGUGAAGUUCCUUCAAAAAUUAAAGAUAUGCUUUUGCUUGAGGAGGAGGAUUUGCCACUUUUUAUGUACACACAGAAGCCAAAUCCAAACUUUAAGUUAACCACUGCUACGGCUAAGGGGCACGCCAACUUGGCCUUAGAUGUGGUACCUGUUCAGGAUGUACUGUCGGUUUUCACAAAAAUCCCAAAUCAAACAUUUCAUUUCCAAGUGACCGAGAAGGCUGGACGCCAUAGAAAAUCAUUGCGUAAUAGUGACAAGUUAUGGCUCAUACGGCCAAGAAAGCACUCACAGUAAUUGAACCGGAGAACCUGUUUCUUCAUUUUCCAGUCCUCUGUGUUUUUUUAUGGUGAUAUUUAUCUUUGGUCACGUGCUUUUAGAGGUUUUUACCUCUGUAAUUAUGAUAGGG